CCGAGCCGUGACGGGGCGCCCUUGCAGCGGGUGGCGGGCCGCCGCGGCGACGAGGAUGGCGCGGGUGCCCUGGGGGGCGCUGGCCUGCCUGCUGCUGAUCUGCUGCCUGCCAGAAACAGAGUCUCUGGCUGUGAUGUCGGUGGACAUGGGCAGUGAAUCGAUGAAGAUAGCCAUUGUGAAACCUGGUGUGCCGAUGGAGAUUGUGUUAAACAAGGAGUCACGAAGGAAAACUCCUGUGGCUGUUUCGUUGAAAGAAAAUGAGCGUCUCUUUGGCGAUAGCGCACUAGGAAUGUCAAUAAGGAGCCCCAAGGUGGCAUUCAGAUACUUUCAGGAUCUGUUGGGUAAGCAUAUUGAUAACCCCCAAGUGGCGCUGUACCAAUCACGAUUCCCAGAACAUGAGCUGGUGAAGGAUGAGAGGAGACAGACAGUUGUCUUCAAGCUGACCCAAACUAUGCAGUUUUCUCCAGAGGAGAUGCUGGGAAUGGUCUUGAACUAUUCACGUGCUCUGGCUGAAGAAUUUGCAGAGCAGCCCAUAAAGGAUGCAGUGAUCACUGUUCCUGCCUACUUCAACCAGGCAGAGAGGAGGGCCGUUCUGCACGCUGCUCGCAUGGCUGACUUGAAAGUUCUGCAGCUGAUCAACGACAACACUGCUGUAGCGUUGAACUAUGGAGUUUUUAGGAGGAAAGACAUCAAUGCCACUGCACAGACUAUCAUGUUUUAUGACAUGGGAGCAGGAAGCACCGUUUGUACUAUCGUUACGUAUCAGACGGUGAAAACUAAGGACUCGGGAACCCAACCUCAAUUGCAGAUCCAGGGAAUUGGGUUUGAUCGUACUCUUGGAGGCUUAGAGAUGGAGCUUCGGCUCCGGGAUUAUUUGGCAAAACUCUUCAAUGAUCAGCAGCCUUCAAAAGAUGUUCGAAAGAAUCCCCGGGCCAUGGCCAAACUACUGAAGGAAGCCAACCGUCUGAAAACUGUCCUGAGUGCAAAUGCUGACCACAUGGCGCAGAUUGAGGGACUAUUGGAUGACAUUGACUUCAAGGCCAAGGUCUCAAGGCAAGAGUUUGAGGAUUUGUGCUCUGACUUGUUCCAGCGAGUCCCAGGACCUGUGCAGCAAGCUUUGAGCAGCGCAGAGAUGAACCUGGGUGGAAUUGACCAGGUGAUUCUAGUUGGCGGUGCCACACGGGUCCCAAAAGUGCAGGAGGUUUUGCUGAAAGCUGUGGGCAAAGAGGAACUGGGCAAAAAUAUCAAUGCAGAUGAGGCAGCUGCUAUGGGUGCAGUCUACCAGGCAGCUGCUUUAAGCAAAGCCUUUAAGGUGAAGCCUUUUGUUGUUCGAGAUGCAGCUGUGUUUCCUAUCCAGGUGGAGUUCACUCGUGAAGUUGAAGAGGAUGAUAAAUCAAAGAGUUUGAAGCAUAACAAGAGGAUUUUGUUCCAGCGCAUGGCACCCUAUCCACAGCGCAAAGUUAUCACCUUCAACCGCUACACGGAUGACUUUGAGUUCUAUGUCAACUAUGGAGAUCUGUCUUUCCUGAACCAGAAUGACAUGCGGAUUUUUGGAUCUCUGAAUCUGACUACUGUGAGGCUAAAAGGAGUUGGGGACAGUUUCAAGAAAUACUCAGAUUAUGAGUCCAAAGGCAUCAAAGCUCACUUCAACAUGGAUGAGAGUGGAGUACUAAGUCUUGACCGGGUGGAAUCUGUGUUUGAGACCUUAGUGGAAGAAAAGCUGGAAGAGGAAUCAACACUGACAAAACUUGGAAACACCAUCUCAAGCCUGUUUGGAGGUGGUGGUCCUACACCAGAGACUGGAGAGAAUCUGACAGACUCAGUUCAGGAAGAAGAAGAGAGCCUAGCAGAAAGUGCUAAAGAAGAGCAGGGGGAGAAACAAGACCAGAAAAGCAGUGCAGAAGAUGCUGAUGAAGGCCAGGGAGAGGAAAAACAGCAGUCACCACCUCCAGGUCAAGACAAAACAGAAGCUGCUGCUCCAAAAGCAGAGUCACAGAAAAAGGAAGAAGGAGAGAAAUCAGAGUCUCAGGAUCCCAAAGAGAACAGAGAAUCUGUGAAAGAGGAAGAACUGUCCAAAAGUUCCAGUGACAGCACAGCUGCCAAAACAGAGGAAGAGAAGAAGAUCAAAACACCCAAGAAGCAGAAGUUUGUGCAUGAGAUCAUCAUGGAACUGGAUGUAAAUGAUGUGCUUGAUCUGUUGGAGGAUGAACUGAAAAGCUCAGUAAAAAAACUCCAAGAUUUGACGAUCAGAGACCUAGAGAAACAGGAAAGAGAAAAAUCGGCCAACAGCUUGGAGUCGUUCAUCUUUGAGACGCAGGACAAGCUUUACCAGGAGGAAUAUCAGCUUGCCUCAACGGAGGAGCAGAGAGAAGAAAUCUCCAGAAAGCUUAGCGAAGCUUCCAGUUGGAUGGAGGAAGAGGGCUAUGCGGCUGCAACUAAGGAGCUGAAAGACAAGCUUUCAGAGCUGAAAAAGCUUUGUAGGAACCUCUUUUUCCGUGUAGAGGAAAGGAGAAAGUGGCCAGAACGCCUGGCUGCUCUGGACAGUCUGCUCAACCACUCGACCAUCUUCCUCAAGGGAGCGCGAAUGAUUCCAGACUCUGACCAGAUAUUCACAGAAGUGGAACUGAGUACACUGGAAAAAGCCAUCAAUGAAACAACGGUGUGGAAAAACGAGACACUGGCUGAACAGAACAAGCUCUCUCCUGCUGAGAAACCUGUCCUGCUGUCCAAGGAUAUAGAGCUCAAGAUAGCAGCUCUGGACAGGGAAGUGCAGUACCUUCUGAAUAAGGCCAAGUUUGCAAAACCCAAACCAAGAAAGGAGAAGAACACCACAAAACCUGAUUCAGGCAAGAAUGCUACAGCAGCAUCUGAGAGUGAGGACACUAUCCCUCCUACGGAGGGGAAACAUGAAGAUAAACCUGAGGAUAUCAGUCCAAUCAAGGAACCUCCUACAGAUGAGAAAGUAGGUGGUGAGCCUGGAUCAGAGUCAGGGUCCCAAAAAGAGAAGAAAACAGAAGCUGGAGGAGAAAGCAGGAAAAAUGAUGAGUUAUAACACCCCUGAAAUCUCACUAGAGUAACAUCUAUUUAUUUGAGGGUUACUUUCUUGUUUUUUUAUAAUGGACCUGGCUAGUUAUGAUGUAAAAGGCACACAACAAACAGUCUGACAACAAAAUGCAAUAGAGAUGUACAUUUUUUUUUUCCUGGGGAUUUUGCCGCUACUAACUUAGUGAAUUGUUUUUUAUUUUCUCUGUUCUUAUGUGUUUAAAGGUGACUGUGUGCUCACCAACGGUUGUCUCUGUUUCAGAACAGUCUUACUGAAGUCUCCAAAGUGACUUUUCUGUAGAGGAAAACAGUGAAAGAAAUGUUGUAAGCUUUAGGAGGUUACUUGGAACAUAUACUCUGUGCCACACUUCAUCUGGUGAAGAUAAAAGGGAUUAAUCCAGAAACGUGUUGCUAGGAUGCUCUUGUCUUUGCAUAUGAGGCCCUAACCUAAAAAAAAUGGUGUGAUUUCAGCUGAUGGGAAGUGUACGCUCAUUUGGAUACCUGGGAAGGCAGAACAGAUUUGGGAAGACAGAUGCUCUGUGCUUCAAGAUAAGAAUGUGUCUAUUUUCCAUAGACUGUUAUUAAAUCCAUCUCUAUCCAUGCUCUGUAGCAGAGUCUGAAAAUGGUGAAUUGAGACUUAACCAAACGAUUCAGUUUAUUGUUUACUAUAAAAUAAAAGCUCAAAAGUUGCAAAGUUGAAAGAGACUGGAAGAAGGAAUACAUUAGUGUAUCUUUCUCUGUGGUUCAUAUUGUUUGUUGUUCCAACGAGAGGGGGCACAGGGUUAGGUAAAAGCAAGAGAAAAAUGGCAAAUUUAAUACAACUAUCCUCCUUCUGCAGUAUCUUGUGUACUCAGACUGGCUUCAUUGUGAAACUCUGUCCUUGGCUGUGGUCUCCUAACUUCUUGGGAAUGUUCAUGCUGCUAAAAUACACGAGUGAAGUCUUUGACUUAUGCAAACACUUGUGAAUGUGCAUCUGAUGUUGUUCUCCAUUGGCCCAUUCAACCAAAAAAUAAAAAUUAUCCUUCCUGA